GAAGAUGUGCGUGCUCAUUUUUCCCAUCAGUGUUUUCAACAGUGGGGAGAAACAGCUGGUGGAGUAACUUGCCAAGGAUCAUAGUGAAUCCUCCACCACCAUCAAUGUUUAGACCAAGCACAGGUAUUAUUUCUGACAAAUGCAUGCUCAUUCAUACAGGAAGCAAAUAGGGAAGUCUUGUGGCCUUCAACCUGCAGAGAGACGCUUACAGGGGUCCUUUCUGCCUUUAAAAACUCCUCAUCAUCUUCCAUUUCUCGAGAUACCCUACCCUCAUGAGAGCUGUGAGUAUUAACUGAUGUUGCAAGGACCGUCUUUGGAGAUGUCAAGACAAUAUGACAGUGAAGGGUCAUGAAUGCCUUCAUGGUCAUAUCUGGCUCUUUACAGUAGCAGAUGGAGCUUAAUUUUGUCAUGACUCCUCUAGUCCAACAAGCAAAGGAAAAGACUAGAACUGAAGCAGAGACCAAGGGACAGGAACCAAAGGCUGCUAAUAGACAAAAAAAAUCAGGAAUUUGUCCAAAAGCCAUAUAUUUCAACUGGACACUACUGGUUUAAACGUAGGAUCCGGUCCCAGAGAAGUCACACUCAUGUUUGCAAGAGAGAAGCUGAGGGGUCCUGCCUGUCCCAUAAAUGCUCAGCCAGCAUGAACUUGCAUCCAGACCCAGUGGCCCUGAUAUGUCUGUUCAUGGUCCAGAAGGGAAACUACUUUUUUCACCUUCCCCCAUGUAGGCUAUUCCUGCCAGCAGCCUCAAAGCUCCUGACGUAUUAUUAAAACAGCCUCAGAGAAAGUAAAUAUGACCAGUGGAAAACAAAAAAUAUCACCCAAAUGUCCAAGGAAACCAUGAGCAGAGGCACUGAGCUGCAUCCAGCACAGAUUUUUCAAAAGGACAAGGAUUUUCAUGGCUCAGUGUUCUAAUUUGUUUGACUGUUUAUUUCCAAGGAACACAUCCAAGAGUGACAAGCUCCGUUUAUUUCAAUGGGCAGCAUAUGCCAGCAACGUGAAUGGCGUACGCUAUAAAGGAGAAUGGAUGUUCUCGAGCAUCCUAGAAAGCUGUCCUUUCGACAGACAGAGGACGUGCAGGUAAUGGAAGUGCAGCUCUGCUCUGACAAGCAACACCAUAAAAGCAGCAUUGUGGGUUCUCAUGUUUGAUGUCUCCCCAUGGCAGCUCUGUGAGAUUUACUCAGGCUACAAGUGAAAAAUGACUUUCCUAAUACCCGGGCCAGUGCUGGAGAAAGCAGCUGGAUUCUUUCAUUAUUCUACUUUCCCAGGCCAGAAGGACAUCUCCUUGGGACAAAUGGACACUUCAGGGUGUUAGUGCUAUAACCUUUUAAACUUUUAGGGGGUACACACCAACCCAGACUAUUCUCACAAAUGACAUCACCUUCAAAUCAUUAUGUGACAUGAGUAUGAGAUGUCCACACAAAUAAGUACCUCCUCUCCAUAAGAUACCAUCACAUGGCAGUACUGUUUUCAGUCCUGUCUCUUCCUACUAUACCCUGAAGAUAAUCCUUUUCUGAAUCUUGCCUUUCCAUAGUCCAAUACCACUGACCUCUGAAAAACUCUGAGUUGUGAGGCUCUGUCACAAAUUCAGCACCACUUAUGAUUUGAUAUUGUCUGGUGGCCUGUGACGCUUUGCUGUAAGUCUCAUAGCAGUGGGCAACUUUUAUUUGCUAUCAUUAAUGAAUUAACUAGUAUUAGUUCUAUGCUAGGUCUUCUCUAGUGAACAGUCUGGUUCAUAAAGUUUUACUGGGUUGUCAGCAAGCCCUGAAAGUCAAACAGAGUGAUUUUCUUCUUGCUUUUCAAUAAGAUGGCCCCUACAAAGGUGGGAUAUGUCUUUAUUGAUAUUGAAUCUUUCUCCUGACACCUUUCAUUCUUGUUAGACUUAAGAAGUUGCUGAGAAGGAGCAGGUAAGCUGCAAUGCCAUCCACAGGAAACCACUUCCACUUCUCCUAUACCUCCAGCCUUGGGAGUAUUGUCUCAAGCCAAGUAAAGAGAAAGAGAUGCUCAUGGCUCCCUUCACAGCCCUCCAGCGCAGCAAAUUAUAAUCCCAGCUUCUCCUCCAUGAGAUGGCUGUCCACCUGUGCUUCAAGGCUCAUGGUCAUGGAUUUAGGCUGCAGUAAGGCUGCAGCCAUACAAUAUCCCUGGAUGUCUGUACAAACUGGAGACCCCUGUUGGGCCUCUGUUUUUCUUAUUCACUUUUUCUUCAUCGCGUGCAGCUUGUAGGUUGCAGUUUGACCUUUCACAGAGAAGCCAAACCAAUGCUACUCCUGCCAUUGAGGUCAUCUUUGAUACAGUUUGGGAAUCUCAGCUUGUCUUGAUGCCAGUAAGGUACUUCCUUAGUGAAGACCGUAGACUUGCACUGGCCAUGCCUAUAUUGGGGGAUGCAAAUCAUAAGGUGGCCUUGCAUCUAUGCAGCUUUCUUUGGGACCAUACUGAUUCCCAACAUGCAGGUCUCCACUUGUUGCAAGCUAUUUCCAAAGGAAAAGACACAAAGAGCUUGAGGAAGAGCUUUAGUCAUCCCUCCUUUGUCAAAGUGGAACUUCUAGUUUCCAUCAAUUGCACUUUUAACCCUUAAUAUCUGAUUGUUUCUGGUGACUUCCACACCUGGGUCAGUUUGCCCUGUGAAUGUUAAGCUCUUGAAACCAGCUUCUUCCUCCAGCUUGAGUGGUGAGAGGCAGGAAAGCUCUCCGCUGGGAGAAUUUGGCUCUGCUUCUGGGCCUUGGGGGUUUGUAUGCUCAGACAAGAGACAGGCUUUCAGCUCCAGCAUUUCUGACUGGCUUUUUAAGGCUAAAGAUACAGAGACUACACCCUGAGUCUUGUAGCUGAUGGGAGAUUUGCAGUAUCACAACAGGGAGGUUUGGGUAGACAUCCCAGGUCAGGGGUAGACAUGCCCAGGCCAAGGUGGGAGCCUCUAGAUUUAACCCAUCUGGGAGCAGAGCAGUGGUGGAAUCACAUCCCAGUGGCAGUAACCGGUGCUUUAUGAGAUGUCAGAAAUGUGCAUCAUAGCUGAAGGGCAUUGAAAAGCAACUCUUUGGUCUUUUCCUGGAAAUUAAAAGUAAAAAGCAAGCCACAUGAUGAGAGCAUCUGCAGCAGAGAGCAGGCUGGCUCACAUGAAUUAGCAGCUUCCUGGCUGUUACCUAUAGCAGCUGUAGCCAGCUACUUAUUCCAUCACCUGCAGCUUCUGUGGGCUGAGAUCUCAGACUUGCACCUUGAGAAGUGCUGGAAGUGCCCCCAGCACUAAGCUGUGGUCAAACAAGAGCUGAAGAAGACCUCCUUCACAGUUUUCUCAUUGAAGUGUGGGAUGGUCAUUUGAUGGAAUGGGACCUUGGGCCUUGCACUGUGGAGCACAAUGACCUUGAACUGCCCAGAUCCUGAUCUCCAAAGAGCACCUGUGAAAAUUACCAGAAACCUGGGCUUAAUGGAGAUGUGUCUCAGCCUCAGUGAUUUGCAUCUGAAUCUUCCUGGCAGUCCCAUUGUGGCCAAGGAUAAUUUGGCCAAGCACUUCCACAAGCAGUGGGAUCAUGCUGGAUAUCUAUGAAACCAGUGCCAGUAUGUGGGGUCAGAGCAUCUACACAAGUGACAGCCUCCUGCUGCCUUGGAGACUUGUUAUGGGAAGGGUAAGGGAGAUAAAUUGCUAAAUUUCCCUUGGAGAAAUGUUCACGAGGAUCCCCUUUCAGGCAUUUCUUUUCCUAGAGGGCCAGGUGACAUGCAGGGAGAUUGUAUUCUUUGCUAGGGUAUCUACCAUUUUCAAAAAAAUAGACAACCCCCCCAAAUUAUUCAGGCAUGCUACUCAUUCUCAUUAAGGUCCUGUAAAUCAUAAUAAGUGCAGAAGCUCUCCCCAUUUGGAGAUCUCCCAGCCUGUUGCAUAUGGGUGAACUGCAGGGAUCCCUGCAAGUGUUUUCCUGCCGCCUCACCCCCACCCAUCCUGCUGAUGGGACCUGGAAUGACCCACUGAGCUGCUGGUGAGCAGCAAGACCAGUUCUGCUCUGUCUCACUCCCCCUCCUGCUGCCCCUUUAUGCGGGCUCUGAAGGGUGCCUACCAGCUCAAGCUCCUGUCACAGAAAAAUCCCAACAGAAGACGACUAUUACACCAAGAAAAGUGGCUACGGCCCCCAUUUGAAGGGAUCUGCAGAGAGGGUGAUGAGGAUCAGAGUGGAGAAGGGGCUGCCAUCUGGGAGGCACUGGGGCAAGACGGCAGCAAGAGGAGUCACUUUGGUCACAGGCGUCCCCUGGCUCUGGCGUGCAGGCCCUGGCUCCAUCCAGCCUCUUGUGAGCAGAAAAGCCACAGACUCGUGGCUGGCUCCCUCGCCUCAUUGUCUGUGCACUGGAGCAGGGAGGGCAGAAGGCAAAGGGACCAGGGGGGCCUUUCUGCCCCCCCUGGCUCUGACAGGUCCAUGACUGCCACAGAUCGGGAUUGGGGGUGGGUGGGAGACAGGACAUGGGGACCACCAAAACAAAUGAACUAAAAAAACAGUCUGAUGAUUCUCCACAUGCUUGGUGUACAUGAUGCAAAUUGAUGUUUAAAGCUUAUUUAUUAUCUUACAUGCGAAAUGCCAGCGGUGUUUUUCUAGAUCAGUGGGUAUCCGAUAUUUGGUCGGCGGGGAGACGACGGCAGUGGGAGCGAGCAUGUCUAGAGACUGUAUAUCCAGAGGCUAGGGUUUAUAUCAUGGGCUGCUCUCGACUGUUAUAAUUUGUGGCACAGAUUCAGCGAGAAUCUGAUCUGCUGAAAAUAUUUGGGCUGUGAAAACUCCCACACUGUGACAGAUGUCAAGUCCAAUUAAGUGACUCGUGUCCAGGUUUCUGUCCAAUAGGCUUUCCCAUUAAAUACCAAUUUAAGAGGGAAAAAAUGCCGCCCCCUUUUCUCCGAGCCUUUAUCUCUUCCGACCAUCUCUAGGCAAAACCUUUUGGUACGAGAAGGGGAUCCACACGCAUCUCCGCUCUGUCUGUCUAUCUGUCUCGCCGUUGCCACCUUCCGCACCCCUCCUUGGCUUCUUUGCCACUCCGGGAGGGGUGGGAGGAGGAACUGCACUUUCUUUUUGUGCAUGUGAGCGUACCUUUUCCUGCGCCGCCGUUAUCUCUCGCAGCCGCUCCGAACCCGCGCCGAGAUUUUCGUUUAUUUUGUUUUGCUUUUCUUUUUCAGCGUUCGCAUAUUUUCCUUUAUCCUUACUCGAAAGAUGCAGGAGGAGUUAGGAAGCUCAGGGACGAAUGGGGGUUUCGUUUAUCCUUUUUUUUCCUCCCCUCGCCAGUUCUUGAAGGACUAGAAGAAAAACUAAACCAAACAUUCAUUUUCCGAGGGCGUCUCUCCCCUCCUCCUGCCCCUCUCCGCCGGACCGGUGAAUUAACAAAACCGCAGGUUAAAACCCCAUCAAAAAAAAAAAAAAAAAAAAAAAAAAAAAAAAAAAAAAAAGAGAGAGAAUAGAGAAGAAAGGAGGGAGCGACGCAUUGUUACCCCGACCCGCGGCGUGCCUGCGCGCCGGGCCGCGGCGGAACAAAGCGGCAGCGCCGCGCCGGGCUCCGCGCCCCGGGCUCCGCGUCCGGCCCGGCCCGGCAGCGGCGCGGCCGCCGCUGGAAAAGAGAGGCCGAGGGGACGGGAGACAGGGAAUAAUCCCGAACGGUGCCGGUGCUGUCGCAGCAUCCCUUUUGUUAUUUAUCGCGAUCGGGGAAGAGGAGGAAGAAAAGCGGGGGAGACGGCACUUUUCCCCCUGUAAAACCGACUGGGCGCAGCCGCCGGGGCGCUUCAUCCCGCUGCCCCGAAUAAACGGGCGGAGGAGGACUUUGAUGGGGGAAACGCUUUUUCCUCCCCUGAUGCAUCGUAAGUAACUUAAGUUGUUAUUCAUACUCCGCAAACAAACACGGCGAUAACAUCUCCUAUCUCUGGAGCGCUGGAGGCCGCGGCGAGGGAUGAGAUCUGCCUUUACCCAUCCGAGCAGGACACUUUUCCGCUCGUAAUUAAUUUGAUUUGAUUUUGAUUUUUUAAUUUUUCCAUGCUCCGCUCCCGGAGGGUCAUUUGAACUGUAAAGGAAUCGCCGAGGGGGCGAGGGGACCUGGAGAGAGAGGCUGUCCAAACGACUCCACCGAGAUGGUGCUCUGUGAGGCCGCAAGAAGAUACGAUUCAAUUUUCUUUUGAAAGGCACGUUCGCGUUUAUUUAUUUAUUUAUUUAUUUAGCCUCCCCCCCUUUUCGCGCAGGGAGGGGAGAGGAGGGAAAAUUUAAAAGGAUGGAAAAGUUCUGCCGCAGCUUUGGGGUUUUGUUUCUUUUUGAAUCCCACGCUUAGAAAACCGAGACUCUCCCAACAUCCCCAUUUGGUAACUGGCAAAUCGCUAUAUGCACAAUUAGCAGCAGGAAAAGUAAAAAAAAAGAAAACAGAAGUCCAAAGAAAAGAGCGGAGGGGACAGCCCAGCAAAUACAUCAGAUCCCGUAGGGACUGGGAAAUAAAUCUCCCCACUGGCCUUGUUAUGCAUGAGGAACCUUGAUCUGUGUAUUUAAAAGCAUCAUGUCUGUAGCCUGGAUCCCGUAGAGGGUUACCGAAAGAGAAAUGGUUAAGCAGAAAUUGGUAGGCCAGAAAAGACUCUUAAAAUUCGGGGUGGGGGACGGGAAAUCGACAUAAUAUUGAGCCACUGGAUGUUAGCUUGUUUGAAAAAAAAAAUAUAUUCUAUUAUUGCUCUCCGGGCCUGUUCCUACACCCAAGCAAGCGACCGGAAUAACGGCAGGGAGUAUAUUCCGCUGAAGCUGCCGUCAGACUCUAGAAAGGGAAUGGUUAAAUGAGGGGGCAUCGUUUACCCCGAUAUUCCUCCCAUUAGUACUCCUUGAAGGAGCCGCGACCCGCCCUCCCGCUGCCGGCCCGGCUCUCCCUAAGGCGGUACCGGCGCCGGGGGCAAGGCGCGGGGACCGGCAUGUCCCUUGUGUCCGUGCCCGUGUCCCUGCCCCGUGCCUUGCCCCUGUAUCCCCGGUGUCCUGACCCGCUCUCUCCGCUUUCUCUGUCCCGGGAAGGCUCCUCCGCCCCCUCCAAGAUGAUGCUUAGCCCGGACCAAGCCGCCGACUCUGACCACCCCUCCUCGGCGCCCUCCGACCCGGAGUCCCUGGGCGGCGCGGACGCCCAGGCUCUCAGCUGCUGCGUGUCCGACCCGGAGCCCGCCGAGGGCGGCGGCGGCGGCGGCGAGGGCCGGGGCGGCGGCGGGGGUGUCGGCGGGGAGGGCCGCGGCGGGGGCCGGCCGGGGCUGCACCCGCCGCCGCUGAGCCGGGAGGAGAAGCGGCGGCGGCGCCGCGCCACGGCCAAGUACCGCUCGGCCCACGCCACGCGUGAGCGGAUCCGCGUGGAGGCCUUCAACCUGGCCUUCGCCGAGCUGCGCAAGCUGCUGCCCACCCUGCCCCCCGACAAGAAGCUCUCCAAGAUCGAGAUCCUGCGCCUCGCCAUCUGCUACAUCUCCUAUCUCAACCACGUGCUGGACGUGUAGCGCCCGGCGGGCGCCCGGAGCCCCGGGACACCCCCCGCCCGCCGCUCCGGCUCCGGCCGCGGCGGGCAGCGCCUUCCCCGGGGCGGGCGGCGGGGCGGGGGGGUCCCCACUGCCUGCCCUCCCUCCCCGGGGGUGCUCCCGCCCGGCCGAAAGCCCGCUUUUCGAAGAGAAGUGUAAAACCGGAUUGUUUCUUCAGGCUGUCAAGUGCCCCUUUAUAUAUAUCCAAAAACAUCUACUUGUGACCUUAAACGUGUGACCCAUGGGUGCAGUUAAAAAUAACUAUUUUUUAUUUAUGGUAGAAGGAGUUGACAAUUUAUUUUUUUCAAGAUUUAUUUAUUUUUCAGAGUGGUGGCAAUUUUACUUUGGAUACUUCGUGCCAAUUGGUUUCUAUAGUCGGGUGUUUACACUUUCUUCUGUGGAAAUAUUAUGUUUGACUUUAUGAGUGUUUGUUGGGAUCAAUACAGUGGUCAUUUUCUUUUCUUUUUAAUUUAUUUUUUUCCCUCCAAUUAUAUUGCACUUGUGUACUACAAACCUCCCCUCCCCUCCUGUUUAUAAGUAUAUUUUAUAUAUAUCAAGGCAUUUGUUCUUGACCUUUUUUCUUUAUUUUCUUGUGUGGGAUUGACAACCACUAGCACUUAACUAGAAGAGUUUUUUUAAAAGAUUUGUUGUUAUUCUGAUCUAUAGUUCUGUCUGAAAAGUACUUUGCAAAUCGCUUAUAAGGGAAGUAGUUUCUUUGUGAGUGUAUAUGUGUGUGUGUGUAUACAUGCAUGUGUGUGGGAGUGAGCGUGGGCGUGUAUGUGUGUGGUAUAUUUUUAGGAAAGGUCAUUUUUUCCUAAAAAAAAAAAAAAAAAAAAGAAAGAAAAGUAAAUCCAGGACUGCUUUCCUUUGUGACAACCAAAAAAAAAAUCUAUAACCUGAAAAUGUUUCAUGUUCUUUGCUGUGAAUCUCUUAAAACAAGAAGCGCAUUCUAGGGACAAAAGAGAAAAAGAAAAAACACAUCUGCUAUCCAAAGAUUUUAGUCUUUUUCAGGGUUUUUUUGUGUGUCUCUGUUGCUUUAUAUAAUGCAAUAUUUUGUAGUGAAAAUAGAUAAAUCUGGUUUCUAUCUGAUGCGUUUUUCAUAUCUCUCAUGAAUGGUGAGCUGUUUUGCAUAUAAAUAAAAGUAUCAAAUAAAAGCUGUUUUUUCCUAA